CGCCCUUCAUCAUCAAUGGCUGGUACAGUCCACGACCUCCAAGGUAUGCCCCAAGCCCCGACCCGUGAACCCGGAACAUUGCUCUUCUUCUUCUUCUUCUUCUUCUUCUUCUUCUUCUUCUUCAUUCUCCCUUCCUCUCUCUCAGACAUAGCAUCUAAUGCUGAGCUCCCUCCGAAUCAGAGGCCAAAUCGACCACCCUCUCUCUCUCUCUCUCUCUCUCUCUCUCUCUCUCUCUCUCAUAAGGGAUCUUGUUUCGCUAAAUGGAGGAUGCGUCAAAUCACGAGCCACAUGAAGCAAUGGCUUCUUCUUCCUCUUCGGUUGCGACCGAAAGCCCAUCGUCUUCCGCUCCGUCGACUUCGCGGGUAGAGGGUGAGCGCGUUAACGGCAACGAAAUCGAAGACGUGCAUCUUCACCACCUACGGCACCACCACCGCCACCACCACGACAACCAGCGGGGGCAGCUGUUGCGGCUGCCUCCUCGCCUCUCGUAUCGCGUCAACAUCUCCUUUUCCAACGUGGCGUCUUCGGAGAUGAGAGACGAUGUCUGGUCCUGCCUCGUAAUCCUCGUUGUCUUUUGGUUCUUUGCAGCAUCUAUGACUUUGAUUCUUGGGUUGUAUGGAUCCGUAAAUUUAGAGUUGGGGCCAAAUUGCUCUCGGCUUAUACAGACUAAUCCUUUCUUUGUGCAGUCCAUUAAGGUGGAGGAGUUGGAUGAAUCAAAACCUGGUCCCAUGCUCUAUGGUUUUUCCAAACCUCCACUCCUCAAUGUCGAAACAACCUGGACAGAAACACAUAAUGUAUCUAUACCAGCCAACUUUCACAAGGAGUGGAUACACUUCCUGAAUGAAGGAUCAAAAGUACAUGUCUCCUACAGUGUAAAAUCUCCCUUGCCUGUAUCCCUAGUGAUUGCCAGAGGCAGAGAAAACCUUGUUGAGUGGAUUGAGGAUCCGUCUUAUCCAAAUACAACACUAUCUUGGAAUAUUAUAUACGGGAUGGGCACAGUUCAGCAAGAAUUUCCUACAUCUUCUAGUUAUUACAUUGCCGUCGGUAACUUGAAUUCAGAGGAGGUGAAGGUAGAAUUGCAGUUCACCAUAAAUGCUUUUCUCUAUGAUACAAACCAGGCGUAUUAUAGAUGCUCCCUUGGAAACCGCUCGUGUAGCUUGAAGCUCUUUCUUCUGAGGGAAAAUGCUGCUGUUCUGAGUUCUCCAGGAUUUGAAGAGGGUUCCCCUGACAACAAUUGGUACAUCAAACUUUCCUAUGGUCCACGGUGGAUCACUUACUUUGUUGGAUCAGGUGUGAUGACCAUUCUCCUACUGUUAGCAUUCCGAUUCUGUAACAUGUUCCAGUCUAGCAGUGGAGAAAAUUCAGGCCUUCAACAGGGACAGAUGGAAACUGAACGGGAACCAUUGCUUUCUCCUAAGGAGGAUGACCUAUCAAGCUGGGGUUCAUCUUAUGAUUCCGUAUCGCAUGAUGAGGAGGAUUUGGAAGAGCGGCUUGCAGUCACUUCUUUUGAAGGAAAGCCAUUCGGAGAAGGAGAAAAUCACAGCAACCCCCGUGGUCUCUGCGUCAUUUGUUUCGAUGCCCCUAGGGAUUGCUUCUUCCUUCCAUGUGGACACUGUGCUGCAUGCUAUGCAUGCGGAUCAAGGAUUGCGGAGGAAGAUGGCUCUUGUCCCAUCUGUCGUAGGAAAAUGAAAAAGGUUCGAAAGAUUUUCACCGUUUGAGCAGACUUCAAGCUUUGUGCAGGCAGGCACUUUCAGUUGAGUGGUUCACGGCCAUGUGUUUCAGAUGAAGAUGUAAGUUCUUCUGAUACAUUCUUGUAUAAAGUUUGAAGCAGUGAUCGAAAUAGUCUUUUGUGCGUGGCGGUCAUUAUCUGGGCUUCAUGACGAAAUGACCGAUAAUCCUGAUUAGCUAGCAACACAUGCAGCCCUUCUCCAGAGAAGAAUGCAGUUUGGCAUUCUGUGCUCAAGAGAGAAACGAUUCUGAACUAUUAAACUUUUAACGAAAGAUUCACAUUCUCUUUACAACUCGAAGUCAGGCGUUAAGAUCGUAUGCGCGGUUAUUUCCUAAAAUACCGCUAUUCCACUGCUCACUGACUCAAGAGAAGGAUAAUAGAUAUGCGUAGGCAUUCGUCGUUUCUUCUUAUGCAAACCAAGUAUAAGCAGGUUAUGAGCCAAUUGCUUCAUCGAAGGUUUCAUUUGUUGGAAACCUUAAUCGAAUCUCAAAUUCUUCAGUUUUUGCUGAUAUUGUGGAUUGGAUCAGUUAACACGAUGCUCGCGAGACAUUCACCUGUUGCUGUUUGAGAUCGUGAAGGUAGGUGAUCAAACCAAUGCAGACGAACUUUCAUCGAUACAGAGAUUCCUUCUGAUGUUAUAUUGGAGACUGAUACUCUUUGUAAGAUCUCACAUGGAACCAAAUUUACUCAU